AUGCACCUCUCCCAGCUGCUGGCCUGCGCCCUGCUGCUCACGCUGCUUUCGCUCCGGCCCUCCGAAGCCAAGCCGGGGGCGGCGCCGAAGGCCCCACGGAACCCGCCUGGGGAGGAGGUGCCCGAGCCCCAGACUGCAGGCGGCGGGCAGAAGAAGGGCGACAAGGCUCCCGGGGGCGGAGGCGCCAACCUCAAGGGCGACCGAUCGCGACUGCUGCGGGACCUGCGUGUGGACACCAAGUCGCGGGCGGCGUGGGCGCGCCUUCUGCACGAGCACCCCAACGCCCGCAAAUACAAAGGGACCAACAAGAAGGGCUUGUCCAAGGGCUGCUUUGGCCUCAAACUGGACCGGAUCGGCUCCAUGAGCGGCCUGGGAUGUUAAUGCGGCGACCCCUGGCGGCGGAUUGGGAGCUCGCUCGGCUGUGCUGAGGUCAUCCUUGGUCACCGCCUCCAGUAUCUGGAAGCACCUCCAACGCAAUGUGGCUUUCACAUUUCUUUCUCUCUCUCUCUUUUUUUUUUUUCCUGGUACUGGGAAUACACAACACCAGCUGUUUUAUUAUUAUUUGGGGA